GGAUGAGGGGAUGGUCAGAUCCUUUACGCUGAUGAAGAUGGUUAGCCCUUGUUGGAAGUCGUCGCAGGAGAGCCGAGGCGACGACAGCUCCGGCCGCUUCGGUGGCGGCCGCGCCGAUGGGCUCCUCUGGUACAAGGACCUCGGCCGCCAUGCCGGCGGGGAGUUCUCCAUGGCGGUGGUGCAGGCCAAUAACUUGCUGGAGGAUGGCAGCCAGAUUGAGUCGGGGCCACUGAGCUUGCACCAAUCGAGUCCGCCUCACGGGACGUUCGUCGGGGUAUAUGACGGGCAUGGCGGCCCUGAAACCUCGAAAUACAUCACUAACAAUCUAUUUUGGAACCUAAAGAAAUAUGCUUCGGAGCAGCAAGGCGUGUCAACAGAUGUAAUACGAAAAGCAUUUUCUGCUACAGAAGAAGGCUUUAUCUCUGUCGUAAGAAAGCAAUGGCUCACUAAUCCCCAGCUUGCAUCAGUAGGUUCGUGCUGUCUUGUUGGUGUUAUAUGUAGUGGGGUGCUUUAUGUGGCAAAUCUUGGAGAUUCUCGCGCAGUUUUAGGGAAAUUGGAGAGUGGUAUUAGAGAGGUGAAAGCUGUGCAGCUGUCAAUAGAGCACAACGCAAGCUAUGAAUCUAUCAGAGAGGAACUACGUUCAAUGCAUCCAGACGAUUCACACAUUGUGGUUUUAAAGCAUAAUGUCUGGCGUGUGAAGGGCCUUAUCCAGGUUUCAAGAUCUAUUGGGGAUGCUUAUUUGAAGGAUGCGGAGUUCAACCGUGAGCCUCUACUAUCAAGGUUCCGGUUGCCUGUGCCCUUCCGCAAAUCAAUCCUCAGUGCUGAGCCAACAAUAGUAACACAUAAACUCAGUCCAGAAGAUCAAUUUUUAAUAUUUGCAUCAGAUGGUUUAUGGGAGCACUUGAGCAAUCAACAAGCUGUUGAAUUGGUUCACAAUUCCCCUCGUAAUGGAAUCGCCAGGAAACUUAUAAAAGCUGCCAUGCAGGAGGCAGCAAAAAAAAGAGAAAUGAGGUACUCAGACCUGAAGAAAAUUGAUCGUGGGGUCAGAAGACAUUUUCAUGAUGAUAUCACUGUUAUAGUUCUAUUUCUAGACCCUACUCUGAUAAGUAAGAACUUCUAUCAUGGCCCCGUUCUUUCCCUGAGAGGAGGUGGGAAUCCAGUCUGAGAAGAUCCCCCAAUUACAAGGUUCUAGGUGCCUCUUCUGAAAUCUAUGAUCAUACAUGAAGCUGAAUAUUUUCUGAUGUCUACUAGCCUGGAAGCAGACAUUCUUUCCACAGGCUAUCACCAGACUGGUGAUUAAGAUGGAGAAGUUAAGCAUUAUCAGAAGAAAAUUUACUACAGUUGCCUGAAGAUUCACAUUUUUGAACUGAAAAUAUGUACACCUAGCAGUCACAAAUUUGCUUGACCAUAUAGUGGAGGCCUGGGUUCAAUUCUUACAAUGAAAGUAGCGACCUCUGGAUGCAGGUAUCGAGGAUCCAAGAAGUCAAUAAAUGCGUUUCAUUUUAUUAGCAACCAUCCUUGUACUUUAAGAGUGCAGCUGCAGGAAAAUUGACUAGUCUUGUGGUGCUCUUUGAUUUGUGGCUAUGUUCUAUGUUCAGCUUGGAAAAUGUUAGGCUGGAGGUGACACCACGAUUCUGGAUGCAGCUGUUUUGAUGAGUUUCUUUUUAUAACACGUGAGUUAGCAUUCUGAGGGUAAAAACUACAACAGUAUCAUUGACACAUUUUUUUUGUUUCUUUUGCCUCCUCUUCUCUGGAUCCAUGUAAUUUCAGCAAGAACUUUGUAGAGAAAUUCCCAAUUUUGAGAUAAACCAAAUUAACACCAGCUUCUCAUA